AGGUCGGCUUCCAGCGACAACCUCCAUGCCGGCCAGCGAGCUCGGCUCCGGAUUCGCCUCGGCGACGUGCAGAUCCGGCAACGUAAAGCCCUACUCCGGCGUUGCACGGCUCUGCCCCGGUCAUCUGCCCACGACGCAGCAGGUGGAGGUCGCCGUGGAGCCCGACUUUUUUAAUGGCCAUGGGCAACGGGCUCAUGCCUGGGGUGCCUGGGAUGGCAGGUGGUGCGGUCACUGUUGUGAGUCCGGUGGAUACGUCGGUGGCACAGCUGGAUUCUAUGGGCAAGGGGAAUGGGGAUCUGUCAUCGCCCAUGGCUCCAGUGCCAUACCCCUUUGAGGGAGUGAUAAGGGGAAGGAGGAGCGGUGCUUGUGUGGAGAAGGUUGUGGAGCGGCGGCAGAGGAGGAUGAUCAAGAACAGGGAGUCUGCAGCUAGAUCCCGUGCCCGGAAGCAGGCUUAUACAAUGGAGUUGGAAGCUGAAGUUCAGAAACUAAAGGAACAAAACGAAGAAUUGCAGAAGAAAUUACAACAGUCAAUGAGUCUGAGCGAUUGUGAUGCCUGCGAGGAAAACCGUUCACUUUCUGCCAAUUUCAAUCUCACGGAACCUCUUCAACCACUAUGGAGAUGAGUAAUUGCCUCUGUCGUUAUAGGCAUAUGGGAGUAUUAGCUGAUCAGAUUAGCUUAAAAAGUUGCAUUAGCAUCCUAUAUUGGUCAUUAUUUGUUUGGGCUACAGAUUUUUCUAUGAAAACCAAAUGAAUUAAUUUGAGUAUGCAUUGUAGGCUUGCAGGUCCUCUCAAAAUCUUACAACAGCAACACUUUAGAAACAGGUUGGAAAUUACUGCCUAAAUCUAUUCUUUGGCGGAAGAUUCAGUUAAUAUGUUUUAGAGGUAAUGUACUCUCUCAACUAGAAAGGCUAAAAAGUGGACACCGUUUAUGUGAGGGUUCUUGCAAGUUCUAUGUAAUGUAGUAUUAUAAGUAUCUUGAAAAUUCUUUUAUUGGGCAAAAGAUCCAGGUAAAUCAACUAGCUUUGGACCCUGCGAGUUCUAUAUAAUUCUAAGCUUUUAUUGGGCAAUUGGAUCUUUAUAGUACCUUGAUGACGUAAAUGAGUUCAGUUAUCCUUUCUUGAUAUUACUUUCAGUUUACUCAUAGCUGAAGAUGUUAUGUAAACUAAGUUAUUACUGUAGUAAUAUGAAUAAAUUACUUGCGUACAUUUAAGAUCUUGCUUGUGGUGAUGUUUGUCUCUUAUGUGUUAACUGAACCUUUUAUUCGGAAUUGGAUAUGCCUAAAAAAUUUGUUAGCUCUUUUGUUUGAGCUGCUCCAUUUUAAUGCAUUUUGAUUAUUCCAACUUGUUGAAGAUGGGUGAUUAGUGGAGGUACAAUGGUGUUGCAAAUGGAGGUAAGCAGUAUCCUGUCUGCAAUUAGCACAACAUGCAAACCGUUGCCUCACUUCAAUUAUUGGUUUGGAAUAAUAUGAAUGAGAUAAUGAGUUGUACCCUGUCUCCAACUAAAAUGCUAUGCAAAUCGUUGUAUCAAACAAAGACGCUAACUAUAUUGAUGUUUCCUGGCUGUCUCGGUAGCUUAACAGUAAGCAUAUUAGUUCCACCGUACCUCUUGGUUUGCUGAUAAAAGUGUCUUUGAUGCAGUAAUGAUGGGAACAAAGUGUAUAGUGGCCACACUCAGCAGGUCAUAGCUGGUGGUGCCGAUGAUGAUCCCCUUCUUCCAGCAGGCAACACACAUAAAUGUAGAGAAUGGUUAAGAUGAUUCUUUGAUAACAUCACAUAAAUGUAUCAUCCUUGCAGCAUGAUUUCAGUCCAUAUGACGGUGGUCAGACAUGUAUUUAUGCCCGCUAACUUCGUUCCCUUCUAAAGAUUAAUAGAUUAUCAUGCGUACAUGUGCACACCAAUGUCCUUGACUGCAUCUGCACUUGCAGUUGUGUGCAUUGCAAUGAA